UUUUCUUUUUACAUUAUUGAAAAAUGUCAAGAUCAAAGCGUAAACGGAGAGCUUGUUUAAAAGCGUACUGGUGUCUCGGAUUGGUUUUACUAUGCUUCAAGAAAUUAUUCAUGUUUCUCUUUUCCCACGUUGGUUUAACGGGAUGUGUGGUUGGGUACAGCAUUCUGGGAGGAUGGAUAUUUCGAGGACUGGAAGGCAACCAUGAACGAGAUAUCAGAAAACAAGCCGAGAAAAUGAGGGAAAAAUAUACAUUGAAGUUACUAAAGUUUUCAGAAAAUGAAGACAGUUUAUCUGAAAAUGAUUUUGAGAAUAUUACUAUUUUAGUUAAGGAAUUUGAAGAAGAAAUUGUGCACUUUACAGAAUCAACUGGAUGGAAUGGACUCUAUAGUGACAGUGAACUUCAGUGGUCAUUUGCUGGUUCUCUGUUAUUUUCUGUAACAGUAAUUACAACUAUUGGUUAUGGACAAUUGGCACCGAAAAGCAAAUGGGGUCGCGUGGCAACCAUACUCUACGCCAUAGUUGGAAUACCUCUUACCUUCCUGUGCUUAUCAAUGAUCGGUUCAUCUCUGGCUAGUAUUUUCAAGUUUAUCUACAAGAAUUUGUUCUACGCAAUCUAUCGCAAAUGGCUCCGCCUACGAACCUACGUAGACUCGGUGGAAUCACUCAAUUAUCAUUCAACGGUAGCAGCCGCCGAAGCAGUACCUGUAACGAUAGCUGCUGCAGCUGCUGCAGUUGCCGAAAUUGAUAGUAACGACGGCUAUAACGAAAACGACCAUAAAAUAGUAACAUUAGAUAUUCCAACGCUAACAUGUCGAAAUGAUAUUUCAGAUCAUUCUACGCAGAAGCAAUCAACCAAUACUGACUGUAGUGAAGAUGUCUGCGAAGACUUCUCUAAGGAAGUUGGUAAUGGUGCUUUCUCCUCGGCAUAUAAGCAAAGUGAGCAAGACAGGAUUGAGAAACAUUUCCUUCGACGCAGCAACAGCUACGUGCGUUCAAUUCUCGGAGACGAGGAACUUUUGGAAAGACAAUUUUUGUUUAAAUGUACUGAAGAUAUUGCAUUAGUACCUCCAACAAUACAAUGCAAAGACGGUUUAAAGACGGAACUCUGUGAAACUGGAUCUAUGGGGCAUAUUUCUCCGGAGUCUAAAGAUGCUCUUUCUCCAAUCGAUGAAGCGAAACCAGUAACGGGGUUAACAGAGGAAACAGCAGUUGAGUCAUCGGAAAGCCACGAACAUAUUCGAGUGCCCGUGUCAGUUAGUCUUUUAGUAUUCGGGGCAUACAUAUGUAUCGGGGCUUCCCUUUUUUCAUUUUGGGAACAAGAAUGGGACUAUUUUAUUGGUUCGUAUUUCUGUUUCAUUACACUUAGUACGAUUGGGCUGGGUGAUUUUGUUCCGGGUUCGAAUGGUAAUUCGUGGGCAAGUGAGGAGAAACAAGCUAUUUGUUCACUUUAUCUGUUGUUCGGUAUGGCAAUGACAGUUAUGUGCUUGAAACUAAUGCAAGAAGAAAUACGGUACCAGUUUUCAAAUCUAGGCCGUAAAAUGGGACUCAUUGAGAAUGACAAUGAUUGAGAUUCUUGAAAAUAAAUUAUUGAUUCACAGUAUUACCUGCAACAAAAUCUACAAAAAUGACA